AUGCCCCUGUUCAGCAGUCAGCACUUCUUCCCUGGGCUAGUAUCUCAGCCAGAAAGCAAGGCCACACAGCCACUGCCUGCCUCUGUUAAUCUUCCUUUGAUUUUAGCAUUGCAGGUGCUCUCUGGGGCAGCGGUGGCUGAUACAGUAUCCCCACUGUCUGCUCCCCGUGUCUCCUCAGAUACAAUCAUGUACCCAUAUGGACCCAAGUUCCGAGACAGAAGAACCCCCAAGGCAGACGAUGGGGCGUCUCCUGAAAUCCCCAUCUCAGUGCGCUUCUCCUUCUACAGCAGGAGUUACCGGUCUCUUUACGUGAACAAUAAUGGUGUGGUGUCAUUUGGCGCCCCCGUUAAUCAGUUUACACCUGAUUCCUUCCCACUGACUGAUGGCCGGGCCUUUGUGGCGCCGUUCUGGGCGGAUGUGGAUAACCGCAUCACGGGCGAGGUGUGUUACCGGCAGAGCCGAGACCUGCAGCUCUUGCAGAGAGUCACGGCUGACAUCAACACUUACUUCCCCCAUGAAGAGUUCACUGCGACCUGGCUCUUUGUGGCCACUUGGGACCGCGUGACCUUCUAUGGCUCCAAAUCCUCCAAGGUGAACACCUUCCAGGUGGUUCUAACCACUGACGGCGACCUGUCCUUCAUCAUGCUGCACUACACAGACAUCCAGUGGACUACAGGGGCGGCAAGUGGUGGGGACCCCCAUACUGGAUUGGGAGGCACCCCAGCCCAGGCUGGAUUUAACAGUGGUGGGUCCAAAAAUUACUUCAACAUCCCUGGCUCACAGACCCCAAGCAUCCUGAAGAUCAGCUCAAUGAGCAACAUCAAGAGCCCUGGGCGAUGGGCCUUCCAGGUGGACAAUUUUGCUGUGCCCAACGGCUGUGUCUACAAUGCCAACUUCCUGCCCCCUGGCACUUUCUUCUGGAGCGACCAGAAGUGCGAGCGCCGGUGCCAGUGCAUGUAUGGGGAGGAUGGGGUGACAUGCCAUGCAAGGGGUUGCUCCCCAGAUGAGGCCUGCCACCCAGCCUCCUGGUACCACGUGUGUCAGCCCAUCAGCCGAGCAGCCUGCCAGGCAUGGGGCGGGCGGCACUACAGCACCUUCGACGGGCGACUCUACCACUUCCAGGGGGCCUGCACCCACAUGCUGUCCCAGCUGUGUGCCCCCCCGCAUCCCUCUGGCCUGGUACCAUUCCGGGUGGAGGCAGAGAGUGAGGACCCAGGAGCAGCACAGGGGGCACCCUGCACCCGCCUUGUCCGGGUGACAGUCUACGGGCAGGACAUCACCAUGGCCAGGGGGGCCGCUGGACACGUCACGACCCGCGCUGGGGCCAUUGGGCUCUCCCAGCUGCGCAUGUGCUGA